AUGGCACGCUGUUCAUAUCAAAAAUUACAGAUCGCCAGUCUGAUCGAAGAGAAGAAUCAGCUUUUCGCUAAUUUAGAAAAGGAAAAAGCACAUCUGGCUCAAACUGAGGAACAGGUCCAAAAGCUGGGCUCAAUGAAAGCAGACCUAGAACGACAGCUACAAGAACUAAGUGAUCGAAUCGCUGAAAUGGAGGAUCGAAAUGAAGACAUGCAACGAGCCAAGAAAAAGAGUGACCAGGAAAUCAAUGAUUUGAAAAAGAAGAAUCAGGAUCUGGAAAUGGCUUUACGAAAAGCAGAAACUGAGAAGCAAGCCCGCGAACAGAAUAUUCGUACGUUGCAAGACGAAAUGGCCGGCCAAGAUGAAGCAAUUGCACGUGUUAAUAAAGAAAAGAAACACCAGGAAGAGAUGAACCGAAAAAUGAUGGAAGAUCUGCAAAGUGAAGAAGAUAAACUAAAUCACAUGCAAAAGCUAAAAACAAAGCUCGAACAACAAUUGGACGAUAUGGAGGAAAAUAUGGAGCGCGACAAACGAGCGCGUCAAGACUUGGAAAAAGCAAAGCGUAAGGUUGAGGGUGAAUUGAAGGUAGCUCAGGAAAACAUAGAUGAAAUGGCAAAGCAGAAGCACGAUAUCGAACAAAAUUUGAAAAGGUUACUUGAAACUAAGCUUCAGAUUUACUGGUUGCAAGUCUAA